AAGACGUUGGUAGUUAUUUUUCUCCGGACACGUAAACACCUUUUCCAGGAGGCUUAUGACUUAACAGGGCUACUUGAAGAGUCAGCUGCCAAGCCAGCGGGUACCAGAUUACAGAGCUCAUGUUUCUCUUCCAGGCUAAGGUUCCAAAAACAUGAGCAGGCUAAACUAGCAAGCAAACAGACGCGUUGGGGAAAUUAUUCUGUCUGCAUCUUUGUUGUCAACGGCGUGUUGCUUUAAGGCAGGAUUUUUGUUUCAGGUUGAAACUUAAAUCAGUGCUAGCGUCCUUGGCAGCAUAACCCUCUGGCAAUGGAGGAAGAGAAUCAUCUCAAGAUGCCAUCGGAAGAUACUGAGUCCCCUUGGUCCUGGAUUCCACUGAUGAAAGAUCCUGGCUGGAUCAGAGAUGUCUGGACUCGUAAUGUCAAUGCACAAACCAUGAAUUACGUUGGACAAUUAGCAGGGCAAGUCUUUGUGACAGUGAAGGAGCUCUAUAGAGGAUUAAAUCCAGCCACGUUGUCUGGAUGCAUUGAUAUCAUUGUUAUCCGCCAGCCUAAUGGAAACCUCCAAUGUUCACCUUUCCAUGUACGCUUUGGAAAGAUGGGAGUUCUGCGUUCUAAGGAAAAAGUGGUUGACAUAGAAAUUAAUGGAGAAUCUGUGGAUUUGCACAUGAAAUUAGGAGACAAUGGAGAAGCAUUUUUUGUAGAGGAAACAGAUGACAAAGAGGAGGCAAUUCCAUACCACUUGGCUACAUCCCCCAUUUUGUCCGAGGGAUCUUCUCUCAUGGAAUUACAGCUGAAGAGAAAUUCUGUUGAUAGGUUAAGGAGCAUGGACACUGCUGGUCCUUCACAGUUACCAAUCCCUACUUCUCCUUCGGCAACUGAAUCCAUGACUGCAAGUUGUUCUGUCAAGAAAAGGAGGAAGAGGAGAAGGAAAUCUGCCCAUAAAAUAGACAUUUCAAAAAGAGAUGAAAAUGCAGAUACCACGGAAGAUGAAAACAUGUUCCCGAUAGAAAUGAGUUCUGACGAAGAAAAUGAGCUCCUAGAUACGACUUCCAGAACAUCUGUCCUUGAUUUGUCAAGGGAUGAAGAGAUCGAGGCAGUUUCUUCUAUAAAUGCACUUGCUCAUCCCCACUCAGAUGGAGAAUGGACACCCAGACAGAGUAAACCUAGAACAUGCACAGGGAGGUCCUCUCAUCUCACUGUUCCAGCAGAGGGAAGCUUAUCUAGUUCUUGUCCUGACCUGACCUCUCACUGUCCUGCUGAAGACAGCCCUUUAGAUUCACGAUCGCUCACUCCUAAAAGUGAUUCUGAAUUAGUCAGUAAGCCUCUGGAAAGAAGUGUUAAGAACAACAAUCCUCAGAUGCAUUGGGACUGGGGAGAACUACCUCAAGCCACAAAGACUGCUACCCCACACAAGCCAAAAGAAUCCAGCACCUCAGUGACUGUGAAUCUUUCUGAAAGCACUCACUUCCGAGUCAUCCAGAGUACCGAUACGGAAGAGGUUCAGCACCUCUCUUCCCUACCUGACCCUGAACAGGAUGAGACUGUGCUGGUUGUGGAAGAAGCAGAGCUCCUGGCACCCGAAACAUCCCAAAUGGAUAUAGAGACUUUAGGGGCAGCAGCCCCUUCACCUCCGGCCGGUGAAGAAUUAAAGCCAGCCACCACCGGCUUGAUGCAGCCAGCCAGCAAAACAGAUUCUCCCUCGAAAAAAAAGGAUAAGCGGAGCCGACAUCUUGGUGCUGAUGGUGUAUAUUUAGAUGAUCUGACUGACAUGGAGCCAGAGGUUGCUGCACUCUAUUUUCCUAAAAAUGGCGAUCAUCUUGCUCUCUCAAAGAACGCCAGUGAUAAUAUUCCCCGCUCAGCCAAUCAAUCUCCUCAAUCGGUCGGAAGCUCAGGGGUGGACAGUGGUGUGGAGAGCACUUCGGAUGGAAUCCGAGACCUGCCCUCCAUUGCCAUUUCACUUUGCGGCGGACUUAACGACAAUAAAGAAAUAUCCAAAGAAAAGUUUUUAGAACAAGAAGUCUCUUAUCAGCAGUUUGUGGACAACCCAGCUAUUAUCGACCACCCUAACCUUGUGGUGAAGAUUGGAAACAAGUACUACAACUGGACAACUGCAGCUCCGCUCCUGCUGGCAAUGCAGGCAUUCCAGAAACCUUUGCCAAAGUGUUCUUGUUUAAGUUCUUUCCGUGCACUUGUGGAUACCAUUAGGUUUUGCUUUAACAAGAUUUGUAGCCCACGGAUAGCCACUGUGGAUUCUAUAAUGAGGGAUAAGAUGCCCAAAAAAGGUGGAAGAUGGUGGUUUUCAUGGAGAGGGAGGAAUAACUCUAUCAAAGAGGAAGCAAAGCCAGUGCAAAGUCUCAGUGGAGAAGAAGAGAAGAGUAUUGCAGACAGAAUCAAAGAUGAUUCUUCCUCAAGUGAUGAAGACCAUCGAACUAAAAGUGAAACCACUCACCUUCCACUGUUGACUGGAAUAGGUUAUAAAAAGAGUCUUCGACUCAGUUCAGAACAGCUGAAAAAUCUCAAUCUUAAAAAUGGUCCCAAUGAUGUCACUUUUAGUGUCACAACACAAUAUCAAGGAACAUGUCGCUGUGAAGGUACCAUUUAUUUAUGGAACUGGGAUGACAAAGUCAUUAUUUCUGACAUUGAUGGCACCAUCACAAGAUCAGAUACUUUAGGUCAUAUUUUGCCUACCCUUGGCAAGGACUGGACACAUCAAGGCAUUGCUAAAUUGUAUCACAAAGUGAGCCAAAAUGGAUAUAAGUUCCUGUACUGUUCAGCCCGGGCUAUUGGGAUGGCAGAUAUGACUCGAGGUUACUUGCAUUGGGUGAAUGAGCGGGGAACGGUGUUACCACAAGGGCCUGUGCUAUUGAGUCCCAGCAGUUUGUUCUCAGCUUUUCACAGGGAAGUGAUAGAGAAAAAGCCAGAGAAAUUUAAAGUUCAGUGUUUAACUGACAUAAAAAACUUAUUUCAUCCUAACACAGAACCUUUUUAUGCUGCUUUUGGCAACAGGCCUGCUGAUGUGUACUCGUACAAGCAAGUUGGAGUUUCACUAAACAGAAUAUUCACUGUUAAUCCAAAAGGAGAACUAAUUCAAGAGCAUGCUAAGACCAACAUUUCAUCGUAUGUGAGACUUUGCGAAGUGGUGGAUCAUGUAUUUCCCUUGUUGAAAAGAAGGCAUUCUUCAGAUUUCCCCUGUUCUGACACCUACAGUCAGUUCACAUAUUGGAGGGAGCCACUGCCACCUUUUGAAAAUCAAGAUGUUCAUUCUAGUUUACCAUAACUCUUUUGAAACAUCUUGGCAGCAUCUCAACAUCUCAGCUCUUCUGUGCUUCAGUUGUUCAACUGCAUUUUGCACCUCAAACAGAAUUUGGGAUGUGGUUUAAAAAAAAAAUCAGUUCAGAAAUCACCGUUGUUCUUUAAAAUAACAUUUCUCAAGGUUGCCCAUCCAGCUCUUCACCAGCACAAUGCUUAAAGAGGUACCCAGUGCAAUAUAUUCUUUUUAAAGGGACAGUUCUGGGUACCGUGGUAGUGGAAAUUUCAAAAUUGAAGUCCUCUACAGCCUUCAGUGUUUCCAUGUGAGCUUUGAAAGCACAGUGUCAUGUUUGCCCCUUGAACCACUACCGGAGCCAUUCCAUCUCCUACUUCUCAGUAGAGGAAGAGGAAAUAACUCUAAGCCUUCGAGGUGUAACACGUGCAUUUUUUAUACUCCCCCCCAAAAUGGUCGUCAACGAAAUACGUUGAGAUCAAGUGAACAAAAUUCAGUCGGUUGAUAAGCUUAACACAGCAUGGCUGUGAUCACUAGCACUGUACUAGUUUGUAUUGAUAGGGGUAUGAUUCUAGCCUCCAAUUCUGUCAAUAUGUACCAUUGCCAAAUUGUUCUUUCAAUUUCAUUUUAUGAUGAAUUUUUUUUUAAGGAAUUGAAUGCACUUCGAUUAUCAGUUGCACGAGGUUAAUUGGCUCUACUAAGUUUUAGCCAAAUCUUGAACCUGCUACUAUUACUUUACGCUGUGUUUCAUCUUAAUCCUGCUAGAAGGUUUGGGCCCACCAGAGGUCCCACAGUGCAAUAUUUUUAUGGUCAUAGUUAGAGUUUACUACUAUGACCUAUGCUUUUCAAAUAGUGUGUCUUAGAAGGAUAAUUGGCAGUGGAGACCUCUGCCUUUCCUCUUUUCUUUUCCAUGAAGAGUGUUGCCAUUUAAAUAGAUGUGGCUCUUCCCAUCUAACAUAGUACGCAAAGGUUUCUGCUUCCAACGGCAAGGGAAACACGUCUGGAAGUAUUUUUAGUGAAUUUUCUUGAAUUGUUUUGUUGCUGGUUCAGCAUAUUUUAUUUGCACUAUGUGAACUAGAUGUGAAGGGUUAAGGAGCUGGCUGAUUUUAAACCCUCUGAAGAUAUUUCCUUCAGUAUUCUUUUUAUUUUAACACACAAUGUUGAGAUUAAUACGAUGUGGGGCGCCCUAUAUUAUAGACAGCCAUUACUGAGAGUUUUUCCUUUACAUUUCAUUUUUUUCUUGAUGCAAUUAGGAGAAAUCAUUAUCUUCCCUUUUUUUGUUACAUUUGACUGUCUUGAGGUUCAACAUUAUAAAUGAACCUUUUAGAUUGUUUUUGAGAGAAGUUGCUUUUUACAAGUUGCUGGCCUUCUUUAAAAUGCAGAUUUCCAUUGUUUACUGUAUAUCAAAUAAUCUUUUAAAAAAACAAAAUCCUUGCUUUUAUUAAACUAUUUCCUUUUAAUAUUUGUUGGAAGGUUGCUAGGUGAUCAGUUUAAGACUAGACAUAAAGACAAUAGGUUUGAGGCCUGUAAGUUUUUUUAAAGUGAGAGACUGGGCAAAAUUAAAUGCUGUUGAGAUGGUUAGAACAUAUGUUAAAAGAUCUUUCUCACUAUGUUAAAAUUUAAAUCUAAUAUUUUUCUCUUGUUGAUUUCUGAGUAAAUAAUACCCCUUAGGAGAAAUUGUUUGGAAUCCUUCUCAUAUCAAUUUUAGAUAUACCUCACUUGCCAUUAUAUAAAUUCUGCUUCUUUUAAAAGGGAACUCAGAAUUCUGCCUAUUUGCGUUUUCAUAAUUGCACUUUAGCAGCUCCCAAACACAGUGGCCAAAGUUAAUUACAAUAAAGUUAAAUUAGUUUCAGUCCCAAUAAAGUCAUUGAGCCUAACUUCUGAAAAAAUAUAAUGGAUUGGGUAUUAUAAAAAUAUAAUUAGAUUAGGUCCAAAGCCAUAAGCCAAUUUUAAGUAAGAUACAAACUAUUUUAGGAAAUUUGUUUGCCAUUAACUCAGUGGCACUUUUACAACUGAUAGUGAAAGUUACAUUCAGUAUGAUAGCUUGUCACUCUUUAUAUUUAAUGAAUUAAUUUCACACGCUGGCUCCUGCAAUGCACAUUCCGCCAAAUAAUUAUGUCAUUAGCUUUAUAGCGCAACUGAUACACCUACUCAGAAAUAAGCCCCAUCAGUACAGUUGAAUUUUGUCAUACAUUAAUUGUGUUUAAAAUUUGCAAUUUUAAUCCUGUAAGACAGCCCACAUGAUUAAAUCAUAUGUUCUCAACAAUCUUUGGAAUGAAGAUCGAUUCAAAUCAGGACUGUGGGUGACUAUAGCCAUGGCCCAGCUAGAAAUUGGUUUUAUGUUCACAUUUAAUUCCUUCUGUGCUGUUAAUUUUUGUGUGAAUACACAGCCCUUUCUGAAGCAGCAUCACUGUUUCCUCUGAUUACUGUUCUUGGCAGUCCAAAGCAGCAUAUAUAAAAUAAUUUAAAAUCAAUACAAAAGCUAAAGAGGAGCAUGUAAAACCAGAAGUGCUCAACCCCAAAGUCAUUUUGCUUGAUAGGGAAGGAGAAAUGGGGUUGAGAUUUGAAUCAGUUUCUCUUUCAAACUCUAUUAAUCAGCUUUUUGGAAAAAACAACAACUUCCCAUGUCUAAAGCCCAAGCUGUUGAAAUUGAAGAGGGAUUAUGUGUGCACAACCAUAUUUCUACAUGUUUCGCUUUAAGAGGCAUACAAGCAUGUUCUUUUGUAUUCCAGUAGCUGAAUUAGGGUAUCGAUAGCUGUAAGGAAUAUCUAUAAUGAAACAUCUAUUUAUUUCCUUUUGCUUACAAUUGCAAAAAAAAGAGGACUAAACAUUAUGUCUCCAGUCUAAAGUUAUGAUGCAAAUCCAGUAACUGAAAUGAAAGUAAUUUGCCAUGGCAAUUCUUAUCAGCAGGUAGUGGAUAAAGAUGGAGUCGGAUGCGUAGGACUAGAUCACACAUUCCAUUUCAUUCCCUUGAAGGGGAUUUUGUUAUUUUCCUUGCCUGUGACAUCCUAUAUAUAGUAUGAUUGGACACCAUACCUUACUGGGAUUAGUAAAGUGUUUUUUUCUCCUCAAUUAUUUCUGAAUGUACAUUGAUUCCUAUAUGUGGGCAAUAUCACAGUACAUAAAGAAAUACAGGUACUGAUCCAAAACCAGGACAGUUUUAAGGUCUUUAAAAUUGCUAGUUGAGCAACAUGAAAUCUACUUCUCAGGUCCAAGAACACAAUUAUGGAUUUAGCAACAUUUUAUAAUCCAAAAGUCUAGCCUGGGGAACAGAAAGCCAUGGGAAAAACUUGUUUCAAUAUUAUCGCUUUUGGGGCAUGUUUCUCUUGUUGCAGAAUGCUUCUCUUGCUCGUUCCUCUUAAUGCACAUUACAGCCAGGACAUGUGUUUGCCAUUUUGAAUUUGUAUUUGAAUUCUCAGAACAAAAUGUGCACAAUCCAGCCAAGGUUAAACAAUAGUGUUGUGUAGCACUUUGGAUCUUGCUUUGGUGCAGCUGCUUUACAGUUGCAGAGAGAUGUUAUACCUCCUGUUUUGCUCUGAACACAUUUGGGGGUAUUGAAUGUAAAACUCUGCCCAGUCCUAUUAAACAGGUUUCAUUCCCGUUUACUUAAAUUACAAGAGCACAGCUAAAAAUUAGUGGGAUUCACUACUUGGUACAUGCAGAUUGUUUUCUUAUUCUAGUUUUUAAAGGAUGAAAAAAUUGCCUUAUAAACAGGAAUUUUAAGGAAUUGUUCAUAAACCAACAGUAAAUAUUUUCAGGAAUUGGACUCACCAAGGUUAAACUGAGAAUUCUUGAGUGGGUCUGUCCUGAUCACCCAACACAUACUCUACUGCAAUAAUACUUGAGGCAAACUCUGAAUUUCUAUAGUAAUACGUGAAAUCACUUGAGAAACCAGGGCAAAUUUAUUUUGUUCUUAUUUGCUGAUUUUAAUAUACCGGGCGUCAAAUUUAUUUUUUAAAAACUUGCCUAAACUUUGUUAGAAAUGCUAUUGUAGUGUUGAAUGGAGUUGCUGAGAAGGAUUUCAGCUGAUAGUUAUGGCACUGGUAGGGAAGGAAUAUUUUUUUAAAGCAUUUUUAAGCUUUAUUGUUAAAAAUUAAAAUUGGUGGCAGAUAUAGUUUCUAAAUAGUUUUUAAUUUGGCUAGGUAGUUCUGCAUACAUUAAAAUGGCAUUGCUGAAUUUGCACAAUAAACAUGGUAUGGAUGAAUUAAUUCUUUCUGUGAAAGAAAAAAAAGACCCUCUUCACUUCUGGUGUAUUGAUGGUUUUCUAUUACAGAAAAGAUACCUUUUCUAAAUAGAAAGUCAAUAUAUGCGCUGUUUAUAUGGUCUCCCAUAUAUUAAACUAAAAUAUGCAAGGUGGAUCCCUGUUUAUUUUGAUACAUUUUAUGGCUAUUCAGUUCCAUAUGUUGAAAAUCAAAUAAUGGCGAUGGAAUUUGAGGGCAAGUGGGAGAAUUAUUAAUGGAUAUAUAUUUGAGGGAAAUAUUUUCUCUGUGUAUGUGUGCAGUAAUGCUGGGACUCUAUUAAAAAUCAUUUUGAUGGUCAACAAAAUGCAAAUAAAUAUAUUGUAAUAAAUUCAAUCCAUUGAAAAA